AUGGACAGGGUCACCCGGCACUUGGUCUUCCAGCUCCCGCAGACCUCGAACAAGCACGAGCACAGCGAUGCUGCCCUGGCUGGCUCCUUGGCAGAGCAAAGGGCCGACAGCGACGACGACGUGUUCGGCAGCCAGAGGGUGGAGAAUGGAUACGGCUGGAAAACAACAUCAAGGUCACCCUCGUAUCUCCUGCAUGGUGGGAGAGAAGUCUGGACCCCAUCCCCAGACAGGGAGUCCAAGCUGGAGGUGGUGAGGUCGGGGAGCCUGUACGACCUCAGGUCUUACAGAGGGGAGAGGAAACCCUCGAAGCUUUACGAGGAGGAUGAGGAGGAGCAGUGCAGGGUCCCUCCACCGAACAUCUCACCCGAGAAAGCCAGGGAGCUGGAGGACGAGAGGAGGGAGGUCAUCCGGAGCCAGGUGAUGAGGAAGAGCUCCACCAUGGCCGAGAGGUGGAGCUCCAUGGAUGAGCUGAGCUCCAUAAGCCAGGGUGAAGGCAGGCACAAGGGCAGUGUCACCACCAGCUUUGCCAUUUGCUUUGACAAAGCUUCCCCGGGGAGGGCAGCGACACCAGUUGACCCUGAGAACAUUGACACGGAGCAGAUCAACUUCUCUGCUGCUCGGCAGCAGUUCCUGAUGCUGGAGAAGACCAACCCAGGCUCUUUCUUCAGCCCAGAGCAACAGGCCGUGUCUCCAAAGCCAGAGUCGAUGACAAAAGUCACCAGGCAGGAGUGGCACAGUCCUGAGACGGCCACAAAGGCUGCAAGAGGUUAUGGUAAUGCUGAUGCAUCCAGCCAGAGCUGGCCAGAUAAGAGCAUGUACCAGGUUUAUAGUGUGUCCUACAAGACACCUGUGAAGGAGGAGGUUUAUGCUCCCAGAAAGGCUGAUGCUGAAAGGUCAUAUCCCACCAGAAAAAUGUCUGGCUUCACCAAAGCAUCUUCCAGAGAAGACCUGGAUUCUGGCCUGGGUGAGAUGUACAGUGAAGCCAACACAGUCUAUGCCAGCGAUAGAAGCUUAUCCAACGAGAUCUCCAACGGCCUCGUGGACCCAAGGGCCAGCAGCAAUGGCCUGGACAAGGAGAUGAAGAUCAGCAAUGAGACACCCAUCGAGCGGGAGAUCCGCAUGGCGAUGGAGAGGGAGGAGAACCUGUGGAAGGAGAGGGGGAUCCAGCGGCUGACCUCCAGCAGCGAGCUGGUGGAGAUCCAGACCAAGCCGCUUCUCUCCAUGCACACGUCCCCAGGCCCAGGCAGGAAAGGGAAGGACAAAGGCCGCGCUUCCCUUUAUGUCCAGAGGGAAAUCGAGCAGGAAACCAAGCGUGAGGAAGACCUGAAGAGGCAGGGGAGGCUGCUGGGGACGUACGACAAGGGGACGCAGCAGGAGCUGGACGAGCGCAGGAGGGUGUUUGAGCAGGAGGAAGCCCCCGCGCCAAAGGCCAUUUUCUCAAGGAGCUGGGGUCAGGAGCAGCCCACGGACCCCACAGAAGACCCCAGGGGUGGGAGAAGCUUUCCCAGCUCCACAGGGAGCACCACACGCUUCCAGGCAUCCAGCACCAGUGAAAAGAGCUGGGAGCAGCCCGCAGUGUCCCAGCACGUUUCCGCCAGCACCAGCAAAUGGGGAAGUGAGGAUUCCCAGGGAGGAAGACUCCCCGGCUCCACCCCAAGCCCUGCCGGCACCACUGCCCUGCCCAGGGAAUAUUUCUCCUUGUCCUUCUGGAAGCCCAAGGUCUCCUUUGUGGACGAGAUGGGGACGCAGAGCCCGCUCAGGAGGGAGGAUGGCCGGGAUGAGCAGUACAAGCUGAGGAGCUGGAAGCCUCAGACGUCGGCGCUGAUCGAGGAGGAGAUCCGGAGUGACUUGCAGAGGCAGUAGCAGCGGCGCCGGCGCCAGAUGAUAGAUGGCUACUCCCUGGUCAGCAGCGAUGGUGUUCCCCAGGCUGGCUCCCGCUCGCGGCACAGCUCCGGUAAGGGCAGGAGAGGAACUGGGUCAGUGUCCGGGUCUCCCGUCUCCACUCCCACCUCACACCAGGCGGGGAUCCUGGGGCUGGUGUCGUCCUUCACCCCGCUGAGAGUGGCUGGUCCCUCCCCGGGCAGCACCGAGACCCUCGGCCCCGAGUCGGCCCAGUCCAGUCCCUUCGAGGAGCGGAGGAGGAGGGUGAAGGAGGACGGAAAGUACGCAGGUAUUGAACCCGUUGACAAGGUCAACACGGAGGUUGUGGAGAGCACCCGAGUGACUCGCCACAAGAGCGCAUGGCCCCCCGGGCAGUACGUGCGGGACGAGGACUGA